AUGGGCAGCAAGGAGCAGACAGGACCAGACGGGGCGGACCCUGUCCGGAUCAUCUCUCGGCGCAUGAUCAAGCCGCCGCCGUCGCCGUCGGAUUCGGGGGAGGCUGUGAACAUCCACCUCACGCCCUGGGACCUCCGCCUCAUCACCAUUGACUACAUCCAGAAGGGCAUACUCCUGCCCAAGCCUCCUACCGGCGGAGUUGGAGAGCGUCUCGUCGACACCCUCGCGUCCUCUUUCGAGCGCGCCCUGUGCAAGUUCUACCCCUUCGCCGGCCGGCUCGUCGUAGAGCCUCACGACGGCGGGACCGUCGCCGUCCUGUUGCGGUGCACGGGAGAAGGCGCCGAGUUCAUCCACGCGGUGGCGCCCGGUGUCGCGGUCGCGGACAUCGUUGGGUCAUUACACAUCCCUUCGGUUGUGUGGGAGUUCUUCCCGCUCAACUAUGUGCUCGGUGCGGACGCCGCCACGGAGUCGCUUCCUGUGCUGUCAGCGCAGGUCACCGAGCUCGCCGACGGCGUCUUCAUCAGCAUGUCGAUGAACCACUCCGCAGGCGACGGCACCGCCUUCUGGGAGUUCUUCAACUCCUGGUCAGAGAUCAACCGAGGUGGCAUCGAUCUGCACGAGGUACGGACGCCAGCACCGGUGCACCAGAGGUUUUUCCUCGACACCAGCCCCGUACCGGUCCGCCUGCCGUUCAGCAAACUGCGGGACGUCGUCCGGCGGUUCGAGCGCCGGCCGGUGGAGGAAUGCUUCUUCACCUUCUCCGCAGCGAGCAUCCAGAAGCUCAAGGCCAGGGCGAACAGCGAAACGGCCGCCACCGUCGUCGCAAUCUCCUCGCUGCAUGCCCUGCUCGCGCACGUCUGGCGGGCGGUGUCCCGUGCUCGGCGCCUUCCGCCGGGGCAGGAGACGUCUCACUCUCUGCUCAUCGGAUGCCGGGGACGUGUGAAGUGCAUACCAGAGGGUUACUUGGGCAACGCAGCGGUGUUCGGCAAGGCGAGCUCCACGGUCGGCGAGAUCCUAGACAAGGGGCUAGGCUGGACGGCGUGGCAGCUGAGUCGCGUGGUGGCGUCGUUCGACGAGGCUGCCAUGGCGGACUGGCUGGAUCGCUGGACCCGGGAGCCGGAAUUCGUCUACGCGGGGAACAAGUCGGUCGGAGGUGCUGGUGCUGCGGUCGCGACUAGGAGCUCACCACAUUUCGACGUGUUUGGGAACGACUUCGGAUGGGGAAAGCCGGUUGCCGUGAGGAGCGGCCCCAGCAACAAGACGGACGGGAAGGUGACAGUGUUUGAGGGGGGUGAGCGUGGAGGGAGCAUGUCGCUGGAGGUGUGCAUCGCGCCGGACGCGCUGCAGAGGCUUCUCGUCGAUGAGGAGUUCAUGGACGCUGUGACUGUGAGCAUGCCGUAA